AUGAUGCACGAGCUACGGUUCGCGGAGCCAUCGUCCGUUGCCGAUCAAUGGGAGCUGCAUCAACGCCGGCAUCGACAAUCGGCGCGCAGCCCGUCGGACGUUCAAUUCUUCUCCGAACGUUACCAUAGAACGGUGCCCGCCGAGUCGCCGUUUCCUUGGCACUUCGACACGCCGUUCUUCCAAGUGCCCGACGAGGAGGACUACAGCACCGACGUGGACAACGACUACAGCGACGAUACAACAACGAACGUAGCGAAGCGAGUAAACGGUCAAUCCUCCCCGCGGUUGCACCCGGUAGAGCAGGCGACGUCUUGUUCCUGCGACUCCGAGUUCAAGGUGAAGGAUCUCGGGGUCGACAAUUACCCGAGAUACAUCAGCGUGUCUAAUUGCAAGCAGAGGACCUGCCGAAGCAUACGCCACUCGUGCAGGUUGAUCUAUUACCCGGUGCACGUGCUGAGGAAGCGCGACGCGAACGAGUCGCUGCGCGAGGGGCCCAAGUUGCUGGAGACCUCGCUGCCGCUGUCCCUGAGCAACACGUGGCAGAUGAGGCAAGUACCCGUGGCCGUCGCUUGCGUGCCGUCCUCGAGCAACAGGAGGAACUGAUCCUCGCCCGUUCGCGCCUCGGAUCGACUUCAUCUUGGCUCGCCUGCACUUCCGUCUGUACUUACCGCCGAUUUCAACGUUUAACCCUUUGCACUCGGAUGUUUCUUACUAGAAACAUUUAACGUUUCUUCACGAGGCGAAGGCGAUGUUCUUUGAGACUUCGAAGAGAGAUCACCUGCAUUGAGGAACAGCUGUUUUAUUCCAAUGUUUACGUAUCGAGGCAUUAUGCGUAGUUUAACCAGUUAACUGUGUUUGACUAAAAUAUCUGUUUCUCAAUUUACUUGCUGUUCCUUUGAGUUCGUUUAAAAAAUAUCGUGUUUGUCUAGUCAGAGGAUGUUAAGUAUUUCAUUGGAAAUACUUCCGAGUGCAAAGAGUGUUAAGGAUUAAGUUGUUCAAGUAACUGAAUCACUUGUUUGCGACAUGAUCUUCCAAAUCCGAACGUUUCGUCUCGAAACGUCGCUCUAUCGGGAAGCGAAACUUGCCUUCCGACGCGACAUCGGUCGAUAGGGCGAUA